AUGAUUACUGAGAUUUACGAAGACUACAUCAAGAAGAACUCGGGGAUUUGCUUUAUCCUCCUGGGAAAUCUUUUCAACUCUUUUAUGGUGUUCUUCUGCAAGCUAUUGUUGCUAGAUAAGGACUUUGACCCCCCGAUCCAUCCAUUACAUAUCCUAGCCAUUCGGAUGUUCAUCACGUACAUAUUUUGCUCAUAUUUUCUAUGGAAAGAUCCAAAUUACCCAUUUGGUCCUAAAGGCUACCGGAUCUUCAUGGUUUUACGGGGUCUUGGCGGAUUUGUUGGAGUAGCGGGUCAAUACUGUGCGUUGAUGUAUUUAUCGGUCUCUGACACGGUGGCGAUGAGCUUUUUGGCACCCACAGUGACAUCAUGGAUGGCAUAUGUAUUCCUGGGCGAACGGUAUACUCGGUUGGAAGCAAUAUGUGGGGCAACCGCUUUUCUGGGAGUCAUUUUCGUUGCUCGACCCUCUUUCAUAUUUUACGGGCGGGACACUACUUCCGAAGAAGAUGUUUCUGACGGCACCCAGGAAAUCGAGUCAAGCUCGGCCACUUUGAGACUCAUCGGGACAACUGCAGUUCUUUUGUCCUGUCUGGGGACAGGUGUUUCAAUGUGCUCCAUGCGGAAAAUAGGGUUUCACGCGCAUCCUCUUCUUACAGUCUCUUUUUUCGCUCUCAUAACCUUCAUAGUAUCAUCUGCUGGAGCCAUAAUAUUUCAGCUACCAUUGCAAAUCCCUCAUACCCUGAAACAAUGGCUUCUCCUUUCAACAGUUGGCAUAGCAGGCUUUGUUAUGCAGUACUUCUCAACGAUGGGUAUGCAGCGUGAAAAGGCCGCUAGAGCUAUGUCCAUGUCAUAUACGCAGUUGCUUUAUACAACUGUCUUAGAGUACGUUCUCUUCGAUCACCUUCCCAGCCCGCUGACUAUUCUUGGGUCAACAAUCAUCGUUGGAUCAGUGAUGAUCAUCAUCUUAUAUAAGCCAGAGGAAGAUGAAGACGAAAAUCUUGACACCGAGUUAUCGUUAUACGAAGACACUAGUUCGAUAAACUCGUCUGACUCCGAUAAAUAG